ACAACCAAAGCCUCUCGAACGAGAUCAACCACUUCCUUCUUUUUCGUUCACGAUCCCCAUUCUCCGCUAACCACAACAGCCCUCCACGAGGACCGAGAGCAACCAUGUCGGCGAAGACGGAAUCCACGACCAAGAAGUUCGGCUCGUCGACUCGGGUCGUCCCCGCCCCCUCCCAGAAGGCGCAGAAGUGGUACAACGCCGACGAUGAGCCCGAGGCCAAGAAGGUCCGCAAGGCCGUCCGCCCCUGGGCUCCCCGCCAGACCCUCCAGCCCGGUACCAUCCUGAUCCUCCUCGCCGGCCGCUUCCGCGGCAAGCGCGUCGUUCUCCUGAAGACCCUCGACCAGGGUGUCCUUCUCGUUACCGGCCCCUUCAAGAUCAACGGCGUUCCCCUCCGCCGCGUCAACUCCCGCUACGUCAUCGCCACAUCCUACAAGGUCGACGUCUCCGGCGUUGAGUCCAAGAAGAUUGAGGAGAUCUCCGCACCCAAGUACUUCACCGCCGACAAGGCCAAGAAGCAGGUUGGCGAGGACGCUUUCUUCAAGCAGGGAGAGAAGCCCGAGAAGAAGGAGAUCAACAGCAGCCGUGCCGCCGACCAGAAGGCCGUCGACAAGGCCCUGCUCGCCAGCAUCAAGAAGGUCGACAUGCUCGCCUCCUACCUGGCGAGUUCCUUCAGCCUGCGCAAGGGCGACAAGCCCCACGAGAUGACCUGGUAAACAGUUUUUUUCCAACACCAAAAAAGCUGUUGAGAGGGAGGUUUCGUUUGGCGUGUGGGCUUUUCGGGGGUUUGCUCUCUUCGUCGCUGGUCGUUUCAAAAAUCAAGGCUUCCGGAUGAUGUGGA